AUGAACCAACGCGCAGACGCACAGGACGGCAAUGGUUCGCCGAGGCCGGAAUCACUACAUCGGAGCCGGCCCUCGAACAUCAAAUAUUACCUCGCCGUGCUUCAGAGGGUUCUGUACUCGAAGCACCCGGGGCCGGCGCCGAUGCGGCCCCCAGCCAGCUUGGGCCUUGCUCCUUCGGAACAUUACAGACGAUCAAUGCCUCCCACCCCUCCUCCGUCGCCCGUGAACACAAUAUUCCACCUCCAACAUCAGGCUCCGCUCUCCUGUCCCGCUGACCGGAUUGUGCCUUCGUUCAUCAGACCUUGGAAUGGCUUUGAGAUUAGCCAGCAAGCCAGGCUGGAAUCCUGCCAUGCCUAUCUGCCGGACUCUGCCGCAGUCUUGCCAUCCCUUGAUCACCUUGCAAACCUGGAGUCUUCGAUGCUCUCUGAAUCCCAGAAUGCAGAUGUAGGCUCCAAGCUGGUGCAGAUAUUCUUUCAUUACGCUGUCGAGGUGCCCGUUGCCCAGAUCAUAGGUGUUUUGAAUGGCUUGCCUGCGUGGAGACCUUUGGAUCUUAUGGGCAAUGUGUUCUUCCCCUCACACCUCGACACCCCCUCAACCUCCAUGGCACCUCCCGGAAGAAACGUGGAGGAGCGAGAGCAGCGUAUCCAUUGGUUGAUCCCCAGCCAGAGUUACGUCUAUCGGAGAGAGGGUAAUGGCCCACGAACCAACGUCCCCAUCUGCGUCAACCAGUAUCAUUCGCCCGAUGACCUGAACUUCUUUCAUCUUCAAGCUGGUCUGGAAUCACUGAGCAGACUAAGCGAACCUCUCACAAACGCUCAUUUCGGAAGAUUCAGGGAGGUUGGAGGCAGUCCCAACUGGUCUUUUGAAGAGAGGAAGACCCUGUUGGCACUGACCAAUGCCUACACUGUCAUGGUCAAGUCCAAUCUCACAUUUGGCCUCGUGGCCACCGGUGACGCUAUUCUCUUCCUCACCUUGGACUCGGGGCAUCCCGGCACCCUGUUCUUCAAGCUCAUGAACCCCACCGUGGAUGAUAUCAAGAUGGAAGGCGGGCGCAUUUCCUCCAACAGCGCUGCCGCUGCACAAUGCCUCUCUUUCUAUUUGCUCGUGCUUCUGGAGGCAUUCCAAAGGGAAAGGUAUCCACGUGCGGCCAACACCCGAGGGUGUUACUGCAAUCAUCCCGUUGAAAGGGUAUGCCCGUCCGUCCUGCGGCGUGGACCAGGUCAUCCUCCCGAGGUCAUCCCCAGUCCUCCACGCUUGACAGCGAACUGGCCGCCGCAUCUUUGGCCUCCGGAGCCACCGCCGGUUCCAGUAUAUACACAGAGUCUACAGGUCCCGCUGACCCUUGGGUCCUCGCCAAACCCUCACACCGGGGUUGUGGCCUCCGUUAAAUCUCAGCAUAUGUCGCCUUCUACGGUUGUCUGGACCAGAAGUUCCCCGGUCUUUGGACAGAACACUCCAUGUCUCCCCGUCGCCAAUAGAAACGCGACCACUGUUCAAGGGGUAGAGGCCUCGCGAGCCUGGCCGGUAACUCCCUUUGCCUCGCACCAGCCUGCCGUCCCCCCCAUCGCCCUCCGUUCCGCUGGGGUCGAGGCUCAUAACUUGGUCAAACUCCCCCCAAUAGCCUCGAUUCUGAUGGGGAUCCCGGCACCAAAGCUCCCAGUCGCACUUGGAGCGGUGCAAGCUGGAUCUCCAGGCUCGGAUCUCCCUACGUUGCUGCCAAGACCAUCGGCCAGAAGUCAGCCCCAAGCCUAUCGGAAUGUACACAUCGUCAGCCCUGACGCAGAAAUGACUCGGCGGCUGGCUGUGAACAUUCGGCACAGGCAAGUGGCAUCCAAUGGGCCAUCCCAAACAAGAGGACUUCAACCGCCGCAGACACCCCAAACAAGAGGACUUCAAUCGCCGCAGACACCCCAAACAAGAGGACUUCAAUCGCCGCAGACACCCCAAGAUGAUCAACAACGUCGAGAGGAUGCUCUCCAUGGAGGGCGAAAUGGCUACAUCAAGUCUAACUCAGACGAGGCAGUCGUGAAGUUUGACGAGGUAGCUGUCAAGUUUGAUGAGGUAGCCGUCAAGUUUGACGAGGCAGCCGUGAAGUAUGACGAGGUGGCCUUGAAGUUUCACGAGGCAGCCGUAAAGCUUGACGAGGCAGCCAUGAAGAUUGACGAGGCAGUCGUGAAGUUUGACGAGGUAGCCGUGAAGCUGGAGCGUGGAGAUGAUGGCGAAGAAAAGAAAUACAGUAGCGCCGAAUAUCAGAGACGCGAAGCCGUGCUCGCUCAUGCCCUGCGGCAAUCGACGGCCGCGGCUUCUGCUACGUCCUCACCUGGUGCCUCCUCGAACCCUUACUGCACUCACCUCUGCCUACUUGGGCUGCUCGCGGGCCAGUUUACCGACCUCGACUGCCCCAACGUUGACAGUCAUGGCCGAGCCGACGAGACAUCAGAUCAUAAAAAACGGAGGCACAAGAUCAGCUACGCCAAGUUCCUCGAUCUCGUAACUAAUAGUUUCCUCCAGGCAAACGGAAACAGCCACAAACUGAUCUGUGGAGAUGUCAGCAAGGUGACGCUGAGCGAGUACAAGUACACCUUCCUGUGCAAGCGCUUCAAGCACAAGCCGGAAAUGGACUACGAGGUCGCCAUCUUCAACAGACUCGCCACCCUCCAGGGGAAGCACGUGCCCAUCCUCCUGGGCCAUCUCAGUCUCCGGCAGCGCGUCGGGGAGCCCUCCGAGACCGGACUGGUCCACUACACCCUCAUGUCGUCGGCGGGCGUACCUCUCCUUGGCAGCCCCGAGCUCGUCGACAUGAACCGGGAGGUGCUCGCGCGCAAGGCCGGGGAUAUCGUCCGCGCCUUCCACGCGCACGGUGUUUCCUUCAGGGCGACGCUCCGCAACACGUUCUUCGACCAUUUCCAGGAGACGGUGGCGGUCGCGGGCCUCGGCAGCGCGAGGAUCUUGGAGGCUCCGCAGCCGCCGUGCGAGACGGCCGGCGUCGCUGGGACGAAGCACGCGCGCGAUGAGGCCGCCACGACUCGCCGGGGAACACCCCGCAAGAGGCAGCGGACCGAGACGGGCAGCUCGGUGGUUGAUGCGGAGCCAAUGAGCCUCCGCAGGUUGGCUACGCUGUGGUCAGAGGACCCGGCCAGAGCAGAUGUCUUGCUGCGUCGGUCCUGA